UCCUUUAUCAGAUACACGUUUGACAAAUAUUUUCUCCCAGUCUGUGGCUUGUCUUUUCAUUCUCUGAACACUGCCUUUUGCAGAACAAAUGGUCAUUUAAAAAGGACGUCCUGUGUAUUGAUUUGCUCUCCUCUGGAAGCUCAGAGCACUGAUCUGUCACCAUCCUCAGACCGUUCCAGACCGUUCCCUGAUAUCCUAGUCACACCUCCUCUGGGGACCAGUUCUCCCACCGCCCCUGGGGCAGGGAGUGCCUAAAUCCCCCCUCAAACUUCCCCCAAGAGAGGCAUCAGAGACCUUUUCAGCUUCUGUUGCUUCCGGCACACAGAGAUGUGUGCGGGCCGCACCUGCUCGGUGCCUGCCCAGGGCUUCCGACUCCCCUCCCCCACUGGCACAGCCACCACACCCUCCAGCCCCGGGAGCCCGCACUGCUGCCCUGGGGCUGGGGGCUGGGGGCUUCUCUCCUUUCCCAUCUCUGAGUGCCUCUAUUUCGCCAACCCCACCAGUAAAAUUGGGGUAAAGGAAGCCGGCUCUCCUGGAAGAGGGUGUCCUGCCCGUCUCUCUGGGGGCAGAGACAGGCAGGUGGCACACUGUCCCCUACCUGUGCCACGUUAUUUCUCGCUGUUCCUGGCAGCGGGCACACCUGCACCCUGGCUCGGGCCACAGUCCCCUGUGUCUUAGUCCGCUCAGGCUGCCCCUAGCGCGGGCUGCUGAAACCAGACACUCAUGUCUCCCAGUCUGGAGGCUGGACAUCCAAGAUCAAGGUGCUGGCAGAUUCUGUGUCUGGUGAGAGCCCACUUCCUGCUUUGCACGUGGCCACCUUCCCCUGAGCCUCUGCCUGGUGGAGAGAAGAGGCUCUGGGGGUCUCUCCCUCCCCUGGGGACCCUGGGCUCCACUUCAUGGUGUCAUUGAAAUGGAAUUACCUCCGAACGUCCCGCCUCCUGCUGACCAUCACACUGGAGGGUCAACACCCGAAUCCUGGGGGGACACAAACACUCGGUCCAUACACGCAGCAGCCCUGAGUGCGUGGCCCCCGGAAGGGCCCUGUGGCCACGCCAGCCACCUGCAUGCAUGGCUCUCCGCACAGGGUGCGUGGGGGACGCUCAGAAAUCAGGGGCUGGAAGGCCCAGACUCAUAGUCAUUGUGACCUGACCCAGAAAUCACCGCUGGAUGUUAGAAGGGGCUGGAGAGGCUCUUCCUGGGACGCUGGUGCACCGGGAAGCCUGGCCUCGGCAUACCUGGAAGCAGAUUCCACCCUAAGAGAGCUAAGAGGAGGACUGAAGGGGACCCCACGCGCACAUGCAGCCGGGACCCCAGGAGCCGCCUGGACCAUCUCAGAACUGCAGGCGAUCAGGACUCCUGGGACGGGUCACAGCCUGGGCCUGGGCAUCAGGGAACCACCGGGUCAGACCCGCUGCACAAAUCACACCGUGGAGUUCGGCCUUCCUCCUGAAGGGACGGUUUAUGACACAGGACUUGGCUGCCUUUGGAUGGAACAGGGGAGAGAGAGGGAGCUGUUGAGGAUGAUCCGCAAGCAUCUGCAGCUGCAGAGAGGUGCAGACAGAUCUGCAGGCCGCAGCGGGGACCGAAGACACCCGCGGGGGCCCCUCCAAGACACCGGGUCCUCUGGGGCCGACAGCCUCCCUGUGGAAGACAGUCAGCAGGAAGACUUAGGAAACCAAGUUCCAGCUGAGCUAAAACCACCUCUGUGCGGAACAGCAGCCACUUUACUUUCCGUUCUGCCGCCUGUGGCAACCACAGCCUCCCGACAGGUACCCUGGGCUCCCAUGGAGAGUUCAGACGCCGAGCUGGAUCUCCAGCGGAGUGUCCAGGCCGUGCUCCGGGAGCUGAGCGCCCAGGCCCCGGCCCUGCAGAGUGACCGAGGCAUGUGGCGGUGGUCCUUGCAUAAGAAGGUGGAGCGAGAUCCCGGGAAGAGUCCGGCUCUGGUCCGCAUUCUGCUCAGAGAACUGGAGAAGGCGGAAAGUGAGGACAUCCGGCACGUCAUCAUCCCCUUGCUGCACACGCUCAUGUACGUGGUCACUAAGGCCACGGGCAUCACAGAAGAGCUCUACCGGAGAACCUAUGCCUUCUGCACAAGGCUGCUAACGCUGCCCGCCCCCUACUGCACGGUCGCCUUGGACUGCGCCAUAAGGCUGAAAACCGAGACGGUGGUCCCAGGGACUCUGUACCAAAGGCUGGUCAUUGCCGAGCAGAACCUGACCAAUGAGCUGUACCCCUACCAGGAGAGAGCGUUCCUCUUCGUGGACCCCGAGCUGGUGUCCCCAUCCGUGUGCAGCGCCCUGUUGCUGGAGCUCGAGGCGGCCCAGGUGCAGCAGACGCCGGAGGCCUGCAUGCGCCACGUGGUCUCCCACGCCCUGCAGGCCGCCCUGGGCGACAACUGCCACGCGAGCGCCCUCCAGAGGACGCUGCAGGCCAGCCCUCGCCAGGCCCUGGAGCGCUAUUUCCACGCCGUGGUGGCAGCCGUGGAGCAGAUGGCCAGCGAGCCCAGCCCGAGCCGGGAGGGACACCUGGAGAGGCUGGAGGAGAUUUACUGCUCGCUGCUGGGGCCGGCGGCCGCCAGGGGGCGCUGCGGCGGUGACCCCCUGCAGGACCCGCAGCCUAGCAUCCCCCUGCCCAGCCCCCACAUCACCUUCCACCUGUGGACGGAUGAGGAGCAGCUCUGGAAGGAACUGGUGCUCUUCCUGCGCCCGCGCUCCCAGCUGUGCCUCAGCGCCGACUUGGAGGCCUUGGAUCUGCAGGGCCUCUGGCCGGACCGGGAGCUGGCCCGGGUGUCCAUGCUGUCCACGGACAGCGGCAUCGAGCGGGACCUGCCCCCGGGGGCUGACGAGCUGCCCGUCCCCGGCAGCCCCGAGAUGGAGCGCGCCGGGCUGCAGCGCAAAGGCGGCAUCAAGAAGCGGGUGCGGCUCCCCGACGUCUUCAUGCCCGCGUGCUGGGACGGGCCCCCGGGUCUGCACCGCAGGACGGGCAGGCCCAGCGGGGACGGCGAGCUGCUGCCCGGCGUGUCCCGCCUUCACACGGCCAGGGUGCUGGUGCUGGGCGACGACAGGAUGCUGGGGCGCCUGGCGCAGGCCUACCACAGCCUCAGGAAACGGGAGACCCAGAAGUUCUGCCUCACCCCCAGACUCAGUCUGCAGCUCUACUAUAUCCCCGUGCUGGCGCCUGAGAAACUGGCAUCGCCGUGCAAACAUUCAGAGCUCAGAGAGGUGGCCACGUUCCUGGGCCGCGCAGACCCGUGGUAUGAGAGCAUCGUGAACACCCUGUGUCCGGCCAUCCACAAGCUGGCAGAGAUGCCCCCCUCCCUGGACACAUCGCGGACCGUGGACCCCUUCAUCCUGGAUGUCAUCACCUACUACCUUCGCAUGGGCACCCAGCCCAUCUACUUCCAGAUCUACACAGUCAAGAUCUUCAGGGACCUGAGCCAACAGCCUGCAGAGGACAUUUUCCUCACUGAGCUCAAGGUGAAGAUUCAAGACACCAAAUCCCCCAAAGAUGGCUUUUCACCCAGGAGGAGGGGCGCGACCGAGGGCCCAGGGGCCGAGCUCAACAUCUGCUACCAGAAGGCCCUGCUCAGCCACCGGGCCCAAGAGGUCACCGUGUCCCUGCGGGCCACUGGGCUGGUCCUGAAGGCCCUUGCCUCCAGUGACACUGAAGGUUCUGGGCCCGCCCACGCCCCACCAUCUGCUCCCGUGAUGGACCACACGUGCCUGAAUGUCAGCGUGACAGAGGUCGUCAAGUCCUCCAACUUGGCCGGAAGGUCCUUCUCUAUGGUGACAAACACCUUCCGGACGGCCACCGUCCAGAUUCAGAGCCAAGACCAGAGGCCCUUGACGCUGCUGCUGGACAAGGACAGUCGGCGAACGUUCAAGGACGUGGUCAGAUUAGAGGUUUCUCCCUGCCCAGAGCCAUGUUCUGCGGCCCACAAGUCCAAGGCACCACGGCCCAGUUCACACAAGCAGGAGGCGGAAGGGACCAAAGCCAAGCCCAAGCCACUUCUCAUGCCCAUCAACACGUUCUCCGGCAUCGUCCAGUGAGCCCGCAGGGGCGAAGAAAGGCCGAGUCCCAGAGCCUCGGCCCAACGGAUACACUACCCCACCAGCCUCCAGACGCCCCCACCGGCAGCUGGAAGGAGGCCUGGCUGCCCUGGUGGCUUCUGGCUGUGAGUAGGAGCCAGCGAGUGACCGAGUGACCGGAGCACAGGGAGCUUGCUUGGCCGUGGCAGGGGAUGGAGCAGGGCCCACACAAAGGCCCGGGGAAGGUUCCAGCAGUGCUACACUCACAAGCAAGACCCAGCUCUGUGCACGACUGUCCUUCGUUGGUCUUCAAUUCCCUCUUGUCCGGUGCGAGAUGCCCUCUCGGCCCUUAAAUUCCCCCAGUGAGAGCUGCUAUUUGGCCAGGGCCCUGGGGCCUGGGGCGGCGGGGAGGGGAAGCAGGCAAAGUCAAGUGCAGCUUCUCCCUCCCGAGUCUGUUCCUUUGGCUCCUGCCAGCCACCUCCACGCCCUGCAUCCCCAGGCAGGUGUCCUUCCAGUUGAGAGGACAGUGUCAGGUCCGAUGAACGCACACUAAAGUCCUGCUUUUAUCUAAUGUGA